UGCUGAUCCUGUUAGAGGUAACGACGGUAGAUAAUGUUUAUGCUUUCGUUAGUUAAAGAGUCGCGGAUAGUUUGCAUGGAAGUGUAUUUAAAGUAGUCAAUGGAGCAGGUAACCUCUCCCUGUAUACUGCACCUUAGUGUAAUGUAGUUAUAGUCACCUUUGCAAGUAUUUACACUUGAAAUGUGAUAUUAAGGAAGGAACAAAUACUGUAUCAAUCUUGUAUUGUUUUAUCAACAGUUUUCACCAUAUGUUAAUGUGAAGAGUGAACAGUAAAUGGUUAAUCUUACUGCGAUCUGGUUCUUAUUAACUGUGGUUUAUCCGGACGUUAAAUUCGGCGUUUCGUUACACCCGAAGGAGAACGUUACAGUGAAAAAGCGGCAUUAUCAGGUGUUUCAAGUGCUGCAAUGUCAGCUCAAUCCAGCAUCAAGUCGACGCCGCCCAGCGACAGGGGCAGUAAACCGACAUCAAGUAAGCCCACCCAGGCGUUAUCAGGUGUUCAAAGUGCUGCAAUGUCAGCUCGAUCCGGGAUCAAGUCGAUGGCGCCCAGCGACAAGGGCAGUAGAACGACAUCAAGUAAGUCCGCACAGGCAAGAGCCAAGGCAGAAGCCGCCAAGGUGCGACUGCAUUACGCCAAACAAGAAGCAGUUUUGAAAAUUAAACUGGCUGCCAGAGAAGCCGAAAGGGCCGCCAGAAAGGCAGAAGCCGCCAAGGUGCUACUGCGUUACGCCAGACAAGAAGCAGUUUGGAAAAUGAAACUGACCACCAGAGAAGCCGAAAUCCAGAAAGAAGAGGCUGCCAGACAAAGAGAAGAGGCCGCCAGAGAAGCCGAAACCCAGUUGGAAAUGACAAAAAUAUCGACAGAGUUGCAUGUGCUGCAGCUAGAAGGAGAAAGAGAAGCUGCCAGGGUGGAAGCAAAGUACAUAGAACAAGCUGAAGGGUCGCGUGAUCUGACCGAAGUAAGAUCUACUUUAGAAAGGACCAGACUGGAACGCACAAGCGACUAUGUACAAUAUCAAAUAGACAGGCAGGCUCGUCUCCCCUCUCCAUACGUAUUCGAUAACUUCCCCAGCUACGAGGAACCUCAGAGAGUCACGGUUGCAUCACAUCCAUACGAGGAAGGAAAUUUACCCUCACGGCUCCGUGAUGAAGUCAAGAAUGAAAGAACCAACAACGCUCCUUCACCCCCACAACAGGACGGCGGGGAGGGAGAGGUUCACUCCAGGACAACAAUUGUCAGCUCGAAUUGUACAGAAGUUUGCGGUCAAACUCAGUCAAGCCGUUCUUGUUCCGAGAUCUGCCUCACUGAGGUGUACCCUAAAGAAGCACAACAAGACAUUACCAAGCGUAAAGUAACCGACGAGACACUAGGUCAGUCAGUUUUCGUUCAAACCGAGGACGGAAACAAACUUGCACAAUCAGCUCAAGAUACCAUUUCUUUAAAAACCAAAGACACCAAGGUCUUCAGAGAUGAAGCAAAUAAUGGGGUUGCCCCAUUGCCUAUCAGAGAACCAUGCCAGCGCUCACCAGAUAACAAAGAGCAGGCAGUCAAACGGUUCACGUCCUUACGGAAAACCCAGAAAAGGAAACCUGAGAUGCAGCAACGCACCCGAUUGGCCCACGAGGUACUGUGCACCCUAAUGGCAGAGGUCACAGCCAUUAUAAACGCACAAUCAUUCCUACCUGUGUCUUCUGACCCAGAAAACCCCUUUAUACUUUCGCCAUCAACGCUCCUUACGCAGAAGGCAGGAGCACCUCCUCCACCAGGAGACUUCUCAGACAAGGAUUUGUACACAAAGCAAUGGAGACAAGUCCAGGCUCUGGCAAAUCAGUUCUGGCCCCGCUGGAGACAGAAAUAUCUACACUCGUUGCAACAGAGACAAAAGUGGACAGAACCCCGCAGGAAUCUUCAAGUUGGAGACUUAGUCCUGCUCAGGGACAAGCAAGCCACCCGCAACAGCUGGCCAACGGCCAGAAUCACUGCUACAUUCCCUAUCGAGGAUGGACAUGUCAGGAAGAUCGAAUUGAAGACUACCGACCAAGGCGAUGUGAAAAUUUACCAAAGGCCAGUUACAGAAGUUAUUCUACUUCUACCCAAUGACUGAUUAAGAGACUAAGUUUUGUACUCUGCUCAUUGUGACCUUACGAAGGUCAAGCGGGGAGUGUGCUGUCUUUACGACAGUUAUUUAGUUUAUAAUAUUUUCGCUUAGUAAUUCAUUCAAUAGUAUUUUCUAGUUAGAAUUAUAAGUGUUUAAAGUGUAUUCAUUGCAUGUAAAAUAUAUCGGCAUGCGAUGACGUCACAUCCGGUUUCGCCGCGUCUUGUGGGAAAACACCGGUUUGAAAUUAGCGCGAGGGUGGGGGCUUUCCACGAGGCUCACCUGAGCACAAGCAGUUUUGCAGGCAUGAGAAAUCACAGUGAGAGCAACGCUUUGACUACCCUGCAAGGAUGCUGAGCUUACAUCUGCUGGAACAAGUGGGACCUCUCACCCCUGGAGUCACUUUCUGUCUAGCUCUUCCUGUGAUGGAGACAUAAGAGAUAACAGAUGCUGGAAUUUGGAGGAACAUGCAAAAUUCUGGAGAAGCUCAGCUUGUCAGGCAGCAUCUGUUGGAGAGAAGUAGGUAGCUGAUAAUUUCAGCCUUAGGAAAGCAGUCAACAUAAUCAAAGACCCCUCCCAACAUUGAUGCAACCAUUAAGAAGGCAAGAUGGCGGCUGCAUUUCUGUCCACUUCUCAUUGCUACCAUCAGGAAGGAGGUACAGGAGCCUGAAGGAAGUACAGGAGCACACUCAGUGUACAAGAGCUGCUUCUCCUCUGCCACCUGAC